UGGAAUGCCUCUCAAAGAACCCGAUUUACGAGAAUCCAAACAUCAUUUGUCUUCAGAAGAUGGUAGAUGACAACUUUACAGAGAAAGGAAAGGAUUCAAUAUUCAUGGUGUUUGUCGAAACCAAAGCAUCUGCAACAGCCGUUUCAAAAUAUCUUACAGAAAAAUCCUCCUUCGCGAGAUGUGAACACCUGAUAAGUUCUCGUUCAACAUCGGAAGACAAGGAAAAACAAUCUCAAGCCGACCAAAGCCGAGUAAUCAAGCGACUCCUAUCUAAACAGAUAAAUGGUGUGGUAGCGACACAGGUGGCCGAGGAGGGAUUAAACAUACCCGCCUGUAACUUCGUCAUUCGUUAUAACAAUACUAGAAACGAGAUAUCCACGGUACAGGUUGCAGGAAGGAGCAGAGCGAAACAGGGGACAGUCACAGACUUUGCAAAUGCAGAGAAGCGUAGACAAGAGGACAUAAACGUAAUAAGAUUGGCACUGAUGAAUGACGCCUUGAGCAACAUCCUAGUGAAAUCAGACGACGAUCUCCAACUUGAGGUCAGACAGCGCAUGCGCGCUAUCACUGCUGCAGAGGCUGAAUACGCACAAGCGAAGGAGCUUCAUCAACAAAGUAAGACGACGGGCAAAUUUACACUGCGGUGCGGGAAAUGCCAGGAGACAGCAGUGUGUAGCUGUGACAUACGAUGUUACAACGGAUCCCAAUAUGUAGUCAUAGAUAAGGAGUUCUAUACGAAGAUCACAUGUCAUCGUAACCCCAAAAUAUCUAAGUACGACAACUUGGAAACAAAAUAUAAAACAUUCUGUAAAAAGUGCGGACAUAAUUGGGGGGUAGGGGCUUGUUUUAAAGAAAACGUCUUCUGUGCAAUAGUGAAGAUUAAGCAAUUCAUUAUCACAGAUAGCAACACAAAAGAAGAGUAUCAUUGCAAAACUUGGGCAAAACUUCCCAGGGUACAAUACAUGAGCGAGGAGGAGUUUUCUAAUCUUAAAGGGUUUGAUGAACUUACAGAAUAUGGUCGUGAUUGAUGAUUGGAUACCUCAGACGUUAUAUGGUACAGGUUACACGCGCAAUGGUAAUGCUUUCCGACCUUUGUCCUGACUUUAGCGAGUCUAUGACAUAUGACAAUGGCUUCACGAAUAAUAGUCUAGUUUUCGGACCUUUAUCAUAACUUGAGCGGUUUUAUGACAUUUCGGUACAAGCUACACGAUUUUGAGAACAAGAGCAAGUCAGUAGUAUGUACAUAUUUCACUGACCUUAUGUCACUAGUAAUUGUGGUUGACUUUUAUGUUGUGCUUUAAGUUUAUUGCUACUGAUAUCAGUCCAUUUUUGAUAAUGAAUCUGAUGCUAUAUUGUUAAUAAGAUGCCAAGAUGAGAAAGUAGUCCUCACCUUCAGUGUGAAUCUCAAAGGUUUCAGCAAUGAACUAGAUUCCGAGUAAAUGGGACGUCGUUGAUCAAUUACUGACCGGGAUUAAGCCAUGAUAUGUCGCUUUAGGCAAAGAAACAUUCUACAUGUAUAUAUGCAGCUAUAUUAAAAAAGGGACAGGAACAAUAUAGUGAUCAAGAUCCCGUGACAUUUGAACAUUGAAAAUACUUUCCUACUUGCAAGGUUACAUAGCUAAAUUAUAUUAUCAUGUUUGAACUAAGUGUUCUAAAUAAUCUAAUUAACACAUAAAUAUACACGUAGACCGGAAACAUGUUGAAAUAUUGGUGUCACGUUUGUUCAAAUUAAUCACAAGAGUUAUAUUAAACGGGUUAAAUAUGUAAAAUAAAAUAUGCAGUACCUACUUAUGAUAGAUAAUACGUAGAUUUUAAUGAGCUGGCCACUUAGAAUAUAGCAUUGCCAUGACUAUAUUGAUGGAGGUAGGGGGGUGACAAGCUUUAGAAAAAAGUAUAAAAAAGAAAUUAGUGGAUCACUUAACAGGAAAUGUUCUAUGGGGCAAAUAUCCGGAAAACAUUCACAAAAGAACAUGUAUGCUCGUGUAAUUAGGUAUAAAAUGCAUGCUCGUGUAAUUAGGUAUAAAAUGCAUGCUCGUGUAAUUAGGUAUAACAUGCAUGCUCGUGUAAUUAGGUAUAAAAAGCAUGCUCGUGUAAUUAGGUAUAAAAUGCAUGCUCGUGUAAUUAGGUAUAAAAAGCAUGCUCGUGUAAUUAGGUAUAAAAUGCAUGCUCGUGUAAUUAGGUAUAAAAUGCAUGCUCGUGUAAUUCGGUAUGAAAUGCAUGCUCGUGUACUUAGGUAUUAAAAGUAUUUCUAAACACUAAAAAAAGGAUAAUAAAGGUAGAUUGUUAAAAUACCACAAUAAAAAAAACAUGAAGGAGACUAGGAGUUGUAUGCUGAUUUGCUCAAAGUUAUCCUGCAGAAUUUCAUUGUAUGGGCAAUUUGAAAAUUUAUUAUUAUAGAUUCAAUUAAUGGAAUUGUUCACAAGGAAUUUUUCCUCGUUCUUCUAAACGACUAGAAACACAAACGGUACAUUUCUAUUCUACAACUAUUAACCCUAUGGUCGUAAUGAUAAUGCUAACAUUCACAUCAUGUGCAUUAAGUGGUUACAUAUGGGGCCGCGGUGGCCGAGUGGUUAAGGUGUCCCGACACUUUAACGCUAGCCUUCCACCUCUGGGUUACUAGUUCUAAACCUACGUGGGGCAGUU